UACCACUUCAUCGCCUACAACGGCAAUACCUAUCCGAGGAGCAUAAAGGCGAUAUAUAGAAAGGGGAGCUGAAAGAGCCAUCUCCACCGCCAUCUGUUGCGUAGUGUAAUAAUCUGGUCAACAUGAAAAUCAGCAUAAUAUUCAUAGCGACUCUGGCUUUAGCCUCGGGCCGCCCGCAGGAUCUAGAGGAACCAGAACCAGUGGAGGUCAUCGAAAUUCUUCGCGACGAAAGAGUGCAGCCUGAAGAAGGAGCAUACUCCUUCCAGGUGGAGACAGAAAAUGGAAUCGUGCAUAAGGAGGAAGGAGUUGCGGGAACUCAGGGACAAACCAACGUGGAGGGAUCCUUCAGCUACCCUCUGGAAGACGGCACUGUGGUCGAAGUGUCCUACAUCGCGGACGAGAACGGCUUCCAGGUGCAGUCUCCUCUCCUUCCAGUGGCCCCUGAGUUUCCCCAUCCAAUUCCGCAGUUUGUCCUCGACCAAAUUGCCUUCGCUGAGGAGCAGAGGAGGCUCGAGGAGCAACAGAAGAGCGUCGAGGCUUUCAGUAGCGUUGUGGAGCAGAUAGUCGAAGUGCAGGAGUAGCUGUAGUUGUGGAAAUAAUACUUUAUAAUUUUCUUUCCUACUUAAGAUUAGAAACAACACGAAUUUGAAUGUAUGAUAUAACAAUAUGUAGUUAUAAAAUUGCACAUUUUUAUAAAUAAGACUAAAUUUCAUAAUUGUAAACAAGAAUCAUAUCUGUAAAUAUAAUGUUAAUUUCCCUCAGCAACUGAAAAAAAACCACGUCAAUAUACCAAAUAUAAGACUAGAAACACCGACUGUCACUUGCAAAGACCAUUAGUAUCUCAGCAUAUAAGACUGAAUUCACACAUAACAAAUAAGAUGCAACAGAAAACACUCAAGACUAAGAUAUCCCAUUGUGCGUCUUGAGCCUGGGAAACAUAAUUAGAUGCUUUAUGGUACCUUAAAAAUAUUUGAAUAUAAAAUCAACGAAAACUGAAAACCUGAAGAAAACAACAAAAACCAAUAAAGUCUGCAAAAGGUUCAGGAGUCUAACAUUCAUAAAAUAAACAUUCUACUAGAAAGGAUGCUUCAAUUUCUUGAAGAUCUAAAGGAGCAGCGGUAAAGAUUCUGAUCUCUCUCUCUCUCUCUCUCUCUCUCUCUCUCUCUCUCUCUCUCUCUCUCUCUCUCUCUCUCUCUCU